UGAAAAAACAAGUGGAUGACUGUCUGAGCACCGCAGUCCUGUUUUUUUCUAAGAUUUUCUGAGCGUUUGAGUGUUUUUGGUUCAAUUUCAAGCAAUCCAUCCAAAUCAGCGCCGUCAAUGGCGGACUCUACCAGCAUUGCCAACAGCCAUUCGCAUGCACAUGCACACCAUGCAUCAGAGUCCUCCAUGCACCGUGCUGGUCGUGCUGGCGGGACAGAAGUGAGUGCUGCUGUUGCUGCUGUUGCUGCUUCAACUGCUUCAACGGCGCCCAGCAGCCAACGCACCAGCAGUCCGAGUCCCACUCCUCAUCCGAAUCCAAACCCGAGCAGCAGUCUUAGUCCUCAUAGCACAGGCGCAGGCUACGCAAUGUUGAAUGCAGCUGGCUCCCGCAUGGCGUCGCCCCGUUCUCACGCUCAUACGAACGCGAGUCAUCACCAGCUCACGCAGCAGCGCCCGCAAGCCAUGAAUGGUGCGCAUCAUCAUCACCAUGCAAAUGGCUCGUCAUCACAACCACCAAGACAAGCGUCUGUCUCCAAGCCCGUUCCAGGCAUCCCAAAUCGCACGAAUACUGCUGCUCAGACUGGCUCAGCGACAAAGUUGUCUGGAUCUGAACAGGGAUCAUCGCCGUCAUUAUCAUCACUGUCAUCGUCUCAUCAUGAGCACGCUUCUACAAUGAAUGCUGCGUCGCGUUAUUCCGCGUCAAACACGCCAAAAUCGCCAAGUCGGACGACGAUGUCCACUCGCUCAACUCCGCCUCAGUCGCCACAACGCCAACCACAAAGUCAGACAUCUCGGAUGCAAGCGGGCGACACUGCCAGAGCGCAAUUGAAUCCUGCGUCAGCUCCUAUGGCUCCACAACAAGACCUCGAGCCCCAACAAUCCCAGCAUGAUGAAUCAGUUCCGCAUCAGUUCAACCAAGACCAAGAAGAAGUCCCUGAAGAUUCCCGAGCUGAAACAAAUGGGAAUGUCGCGAACUCUGCUGACUCUCACGUUGAGGAAGUCGUGCCUACUACCAAGCUGCUAGACUCGACACAAGAACUGUUUGAAGAGCCAUCGUUCCUACACACACAGCCUGCUGCCGAAAAUUCAAUCACCAGCGAUGACUCUGCAAGCAAAACACCAACACCAGGGCUACCGCGCCCCGUUGGGUUGAGUUCUCCGCGAAAGUUUUCCGUUGGGGCAUCACAAUUCAAACCCGUCGGCUCACCAAGCUCCGCCGCCAGGACUGGCCACGCUCGUAUUUCGCGCCCGUCUCGUGCCGGCUCGUUGGAGGACGUGAUGAACUCUCCGCAGAGGCUAGCUGAGUUUCCAGACUCGAAGAACAUUGACGAGCGUGGACAUGUGUUUGUGGCUCUAGGAGAUCUCACAAAGUUGGCGUGCGAUGCCUGGAUGGUUCCCACGGACGAGAACAUGGUGAUUGAGAGCUGUUGGAGCAAAACUGGCUACAUUGAGCCAGGCCCGAAGCCCGCGGAUUGGAAGAAUGAUGGUGUGCGCAUCAAACGGGUGGACACGUUUUCGCCGGACUUGAGCGAGCCGUGGCUCGUGAAUGUUGGAGGAAUCAAGCUUCCAAAAUGCAACCUGUGCCAUGACUCAACCGCAGUUGUGCAUUGCACACAAGACGACGCCGAUUUAUGUAGCAAAUGCGACACGGAGGUCCAUUCCGCCAAUGAACUGGCGAGCAACCACAAUCGACACUUUUGCCAGGACAUUACAUGGUACAUUGAGGGUGCCAAGCUCUUCUUUCAAGAGGUCUCCGCGCACUUGAAGCGCUCCGAGCCCCGAUUUCGUCGGGCAAAGCAUCUGAUUGGUCUUCCACUCGUCGGUACCGGCAAAGGCGGAGCAGAACAAGCCGCUGGAGGUGUCGUGGCCCUGCUCAUGCCUGUGCUGUACAACGCAGCUCGUCUGCACAGAAUCGACAUUUGCCUCGUCCUGAAUGACCGCUCCAAGUUUGCUGCGAUUCAAAUUCUGCGACGGCGCUUUGAGGAAACGUGGGAAUUGCUCGACUCAGAACUGAUCAAGCAAGCUCAGCGCCUUGCGCAAGCAGCCAAGAGCGGUGACUUGGUCCUGUUCCUUGGUGCCGGCAGUAGCACUGGCGCUGGUCUGCCGUCCUGGAGCGGAUUGAUUGAUGAUCUCGCGAGUGAGGCCGGCAUGACAGCUGAAGAACGCCAUGUCCUCCAGACGAUGAACUAUCUCGACAGUGCCCGAGUGGUUGAGCUGCACAUUGGCGGUUCGUUGGAGCUGGCAAAGGCGGUUGCGCGUCGCGUUGCUGUGAAGCAGUGCACUCUUGCCUCAGCUCUCUUGGCGGGACUCCCCGUCAAAGAGGUCGUUACGACGAAUUACGACCAAAUGUUUGAAAUAGCGUCGCAGGCGGCAAAUCUCCGGGUUGCCGUGCUUCCGUACUCGGCCGCCUCGAAUUGCGACCGGUGGAUUCUCAAGAUGCAUGGUUGCGCCAGUCACCCGGAGGACAUUGUCUUGACGCGCGAAGACUACAUGCGCUAUGCUACACGGCGAUCGGCCCUUCAAGGCAUUGUGCAGUCGCUGCUCAUCACACGGCACAUGUUGUUUGUGGGAUUUUCGCUGCAGGACGACAACUUUCAUCGCGUCGUUGACGAGGUGCGACGCGCCAUUCGAAGCACUACGAGCAGCUCGGCACCCGUCGUUUCCGCAGCGGCGAUCGUGAAUGAUCUCGCGAGUCAACCGGCAGCCUUGGCGGGACUAACGGCACUCGCCACCGCUCCGCCAAAAACCAACGAGCCGUCGAUACCGGUUGGCUCGGCAAGCACCACCUUGGCAUCUUCGACGGCAGGCAGCCUGCCCGCCACCAUCAGAGCUGGAACCCAGUUCGGCACUUCCCUCACGCUCAUCCGCAAUCGAAUCGUCGACAUGCUGUGGAAAGAUGACCUGUACAUGGUUCCCAUGCAAGCAGACGCAGCUCGCGAUCGCUCUUCCUCCAUCUCAAGUAACCCUACCAUCCACAGCACCCACAGCCAACCGUUUGACAGUGCGCAGGACCAUUUGUCUGAGGGCAACCAGAACCCGGCCUUCCCUCCGUUCUACGUUUCGACCGACUCGAUUGCCAUCGCAGCCCGUCGCCUCGAUAUUUUCCUGGAUUACCUGAGCUCCGAGGCUUCCACCACAGCUGCCUAUCUGCUCAAGCCACAGUACGAUCCGCUCCUCACUGAGGAGCAGCGUUCUCUUCGAAACGACAUUAUUGAGUUUGUCAGCAACGUCUCCGCGGAUGCUCGUCUCUCCAGCGAAUGGCAUGUCGUUUGCGGCAUGAUUCGUGCUCUUGGCGGCGACCACCUGCUGACCGACGUUGUUACUCGAUCGGUGCUACAUGUCGAGUCGCAAGCCGGGAAGAUUUAGGCAGAACGCGCUUUGAAUGUUCACUCGUCAUGCAUGUAUGUACAG